GAAAGAUGGCGUCACGUGACCGUCGGGCCCGCCGUGUUUCAGAGCGAGAAGAAAGAUGGCGUCAGAGCGACCUGAGCGGGACGCCGGCCAUUCGCUUUAAGCUUUCCGCAUCAAAUUGGGACCGGGGCUUUGGUGGGUCUUUUUCACACCGUGACAGGAGAGGGUCUUUUUCCUUCGGAUAGUCUUUUUCUUCGGUUCGGUUGAGCUACUUCACCACCGAGAUUGAAGCGGAAAAGAAGACACUGUUUCCUACAAUGAGGGGGAGAAGAGGAAGGCCGCCCAAACAGGCGGGGAUGCGGGAGGGAUCGCCCGGGCCAGUGCGCGGCUCUAGAGGCAGCAGGAGUAGGGGUCUGCGGGGCCGGGGAAGGGGCAGGGGACGCGGUCGGGGUCGGGGUGCAGGUGUUGUUGGUGGUUGUGUUGAAGUGGAUGCCGAGAUGCUUGGCAGGGAGAACUUUAACUCUUCUCGGGGGCGCAGGAAACUUGGAGCCGCUGCCGCGGCGUCGCGGGGUCGAGGCGGUCGAGGAAGAGGAAGGGGCGCCCGGGGCAGAGGCGGCGUGAGGCGGCCUCAGACCAAGGUGGUCUACGAUGACAACAGCGAUGAGGAGGACGAUAAUAUCAGUUACCGGUCGGAAGAAGACGAGCUCUUAAACGAAAACCGCUCGUCGGGUCUGGAAGAGGAGGCCCUGGGAAACGACUCGGACUACCUGGAGGAGUUACCGGAGGAAGAUGACGCCAGCUACGGCACGGAGAGCAGCUUCAGGAGCCACAGUACGCACGGCAGUACUCCAGGUCGGAGAAGGAGCCGGGCACCACGUCCCCGCUCCCCCAUCCUGGAGGCCAAGGACGUGCCCCCCCUGGAGCUACCCAAGUCCUCGGAGGACCUCCUCAUCCCGGCUGCGCGCCUCCUGGACGUUGCUGCCGUCUACGAGGUGCUGCGCCACUUUGGCUCGGUGCUGCGCCUCUCGCCCUUCCGCUUCGAGGACUUUGCGGCGGCGCUGGCGGGACAGGAGCAGUGCACGCUGCUGGCGGAGACGCACUCCUCGCUGCUGAAGGCUAUCCUGCGCGAGGAGGACACUUCCAGCACCACCUUCGGGCCCGCCGACCUCAAGGACUCGGUGCACUCCACACUGUACUUCGUGGACGGCAUGACGUGGCCCGAGGUGGUGCGGGCAUACUGCGAGAGCGACGGGGAGUACCGCCACGUGCUGCCUUGCCAGGAGAGCGAGGAGUACCCAUACGAGCCGCUAGAGAGCAAGGUGCAGGUGCUGCAGUUCCUGGUGGACCAGUUCCUGGCCACCAACAUCGCGCGCGAGGAGCUGAUGUCGGAGGGUGUAGUGGCGUACGACGACCACUGCCGUGUGUGCCACCGGCUGGGCGACCUGCUGUGCUGCGAGACCUGCUCGGCCGUGUACCACCUGGAGUGCGUCAAGCCGCCGCUUCAGGAGGUGCCGGAGGACGAGUGGCAGUGCGAGGUGUGCGUGGCGCACAAGGUGGCCGGCGUGGUGGACUGCGUGCCCGAGGUGCAGAGGAAUCGGCCGUACAUCCGCCAGCUGCCCAUGGGCUUCGACCGCCACCGCCGGAAGUACUGGUUCCUUAACCGCCGCAUCGUUGUCGAGGAGGAUGGUGACAAGGAAGACAAGACGAUGUGGUACUACAGCACCAAGGUGCAGCUAGCCGAGUUGAUUGACAGCCUGGACAAGCAGUUCUGGGAGGCGGACCUGUACGCGGCACUGGAGGAGAUGCGUGAGGAGAUCCACACCCACAUGGACAUCACGGAGGACCUCACGAACAAGGCCCGCGGCAGCAACAAGUGCUUCCUGACCGCCGCCAAUGAUGAAAUAGUGGAUCGUCUACGAGCGAAGCAGGAGGAAGAGCUGGAGGAGGUGAAGCGGCGAGCGGCCUUGGAGGUCCAGAAGGUGCGUUUGGCACAAGAGGAGGAGGAGGAGCAGGCCAAGGGGGACGGGUCACAGGAGGAAGAGGUUAAAAGUCAACUUAAGCAGGAGGCCAAAGAGGAGAAGGAGGCUGAGGAUGAGGAAAUCACAGCUACAGCCACAGGUACGGGUCAAGAAGGCAGCAGCUUCUCCAGCAGCAGUAGCAUCACAGAGGAACCCAAUCCCUCCACAGGCGCUCCAGUACCAGCUGUUCCCAGUGCUGAGAGCUCAUGCCUGGCCUUUGGGCCACCUAAGGCCCCUGCCUCCACUGGAGAGUGUCGGGGAGAGGGAGCUUCCACUAUGCAGGUCACUGAACAAGGCCAAGACACCACAGACUCGGGCCCCCUGCCCAGCCAAGAGGGCAUGCCCGGUCUGAGCCAGUCCACCCAGCCCAGCGAGGACAGCGGGCCCAGUACCGGGGGCCCCAGCUCCAGGCCAGAAACCCCCGACCUGGCCGACAAAUCCUCCCAGUCGUCGCUGGCCAGCAUGGAGGACUCGGGGGACAACAAGGACCAGGCUAAUGGAGAGGGGCCCGGUUCCGGGGCCAAGCGCUCUGGGGCCACUCGCAUGGUAACCAGGCUCAGGAACCCAGAGAGCAAACUGAGCCAGCUGAAAAGCCAGCAGGUAGCCGCCGCCGUCCAGCAGGGUUUCAGGGAGGGGAAGGAGGUGCUGGUGGUAAACGCGCAGGGAGACGUGACGCGAGUCAGCACACGCAGCUCCAAGGACGGGCUAAAGGGCGCCCUUGGGAACUUCUUCAAGCUGGGCCAGGAGGGGAAGUACCGGGUCUACCACAACCAGUACAGCACCAAUACGCUGGCCCUGAACAAGCACCAGCACCGGGAGGACCAUGACAAGCGGCGUCACCUGUCCCAUAAGUUCUGCAUGACUCCAGCGGGGGAUUUCAAGUGGAACGGCUCCAUCCACGGCUCGAAGGUGCUGACCAUCUCCACGCUGCGCCUCACCAUCGUCCAGCUGGAGAACAACGUGCCCGCCCCUUUCAUGCACCCCAACUGGGCAUCUCACAGGAUCAACUGGAUAAAGGCCGUGCAGAUGUGCAGCAAAGCCAGAGAGUUUGCUCUGGCUCUGGCCAUCCUGGAGUGUGCCAUCAAACCUGUAGCCAUGCUGCCUGUCUGGAAGGACUCCCUUGGACACACAAGACUCCACCGCAUGACGUCCAUCGAGCGUGAGGAGAAGGAGAAGCUGAAGAAGAGGGAGAGGAAGCUGGAAGAAGAGGAGACCAUGCAACAAGCAACCUGGGUCAAAUACACCUUCCCUAUCAAACACCAGGUAUGGAAGCAGAAGGGGGAAGAGUACCGGGUCACGGGGUACGGAGGCUGGAGCUGGAUCAGUAAGACCCACGUACAGCGCUUCCACCCCAAGCUGCCCGGGAACACAAACCCAAAUUACCGCAAGGAACUGGAAGAUGCCAAAUUUGGCGAGAAAUGCACUCUGCUAGACCUGGGCAGAAGGCCCUUAACAGGGACACGAGAUGAACCUCAGGAAGCCCCAGCGAACAGCAUCCAGGAGCCCUUGGCCUCCUCCAUCACCCCCGAGGAUCCAACAGAAAACUGUCAGAAGGCUGAGAAGGGUAAGGAGGAGGAAGAGGAGAUGGGGAAGGAGGAGGGGAGGAAGACUGAGGAGGGGAAGGAGAUGGAGAUGGGGAUGGAGAAGAAGAAGAAGGAGAGAAAGGGAGAUGUGGAGGACAAGAUGGAGGUGAAUCCUGGAGUUGAGAGACCAGAUAAAGGGACCAGUUUGCAAGAAAUGGAGGCCAGCACAAAGCAGGAGCCCGCUGCUGUGUGUGAGCGCCCCUUCAACUACGACGUUGUUGAUGUCAGCAAGGGCUUCCUGACCCGUGUCGCCUACAAGAUGCUCAAGGCCUCAAAGCUGGACGGUCUACUAGAUCGGCGAGUCAAACAACACACACUAGAGGAGAAGCAGAGGCAACAGGUCCCGACCUCCAAACCCCCGGCAGCCUCAGAGCCUUCGGAGACUCCUUCCUCCAAACCCCCGGCAGCCUCAGAGCCUUCGGAGACUCCUUCCUCAGCACCGGGCACCCUGGUCCGGACGAGGUCUCCACUAAAGCCCCUGGCUUUGGCUCUGGCCCAGGUUCAGUGCACGACCUUGGCGGAAGUCAAGACCCAGUCAUGUCCCUCUUUAGCAGGGACUCCUGUGUCAGGGACGGUGAAAGAGGAGGAGGCAGACUUGAAACCUGCACAGGAGAGUGCUUCUCAUCCCCUGGCCCUUCCUACUGCAGGCACCCCAUCUAGAGACCGUACUGGUUUGGAAUCACCUUCAUUAAAAAAACAGACACAGGAAAUGGGUCUGCAGCAAAGGACUACAGGGCCCAAUGCAGCUGUUUCUAGCAGCACAAAGCAAGAGGGUCCCUCACUGUGUGAGGAAUCAGUGGCCUCGUCUGUACAACCCACUCAGAGCUUUUCGGGGCAACCAACUGCAUGCAUUCUAGCAGACAUAGGCAAGCCUCGAGGUACUGAUCAUGGCAGUCCUGAGGUCUCUGUGCCUAAAUCAUCUGAACCUGAUAAUCUUGUAACUCUGAAGGCAGAAGAAAGGUGCAAAGAGGAGCAUCAGCAGAAGAUCCAAGAGGUCAGUCAAGGCAGACCGAUGGAGGCAAACCCAGUGCCUGUUCAGAUGAAUGGCAAAGACAGCCUGGAGGGGGAUGUGGAGGAGACGACUAGCCUCUGCAUCAAAGUCAACAACAGCGUGGAUAAGGUGGGGGAGGGAGAGAGUCGCCCUGCUUUGCCCAAGGCAAAGCAGCUGGUCAAUGGAGACAUGGUCUCGCUGAACGUCAAGUCAGAAGCAAUGAGAAGCGUUGAACCGCACCCGGCUCCCAGCCAGAAAGAGACAGAGUGCCAGAGGGUUGCUUUGGACCAGGACCUCCAGCCUCCAGUGAAGAUCGCAAGGCUGGAGAGCAGUGUAGUGGCGCCCCCCCCCAGCAUUACCCAACAGGACAGCACCACGGCGGGCCGGAGGAAAGCAGCGGUGAGGGUCAUCCGCAUGCCUCCCUCCCCUGUCCCCUCGGCCCAGGAUCCCAGCGCGGGGGGCUGUCUCACGGAGGAGGGCGGUGAAGGCGCAGAGCAGAGGACCACGGUUUCCAUGGCAACAAAGAUCGCCAAAGUGCCGGAGAGCAGUUUUGGAAACACAGCAGCGUCCGAGAGUAGCGUAGUAGCCAACCUCACUACGAUGACCAAAUUUUACUCCCCCAGCCCCGACUGCCAAUCAGAAGAAAGCCAGAGCGAAACAUUGACGCAAGAGCAAAGGACGUUGCUGUCGGCCUCCUACAGCAUGCUGAACGGAGACGGUAAUAUGGUGGCGGUGAUCCAAUCGUUCUCCACCAAGGGCCGUGUCCGCCUCCUCAAAUUCUCACGCACCAAGAAGGCCCGGUCGGACACGGCGCUGCCCUCCUACAGGAAGUUUGUUACCAAGAGCAACCGCAAGAGUAUUUUUGUGUUGCCCAGCGAUGACCUGAAGGUGCUGGCCAGACGGGGAGGUCUUCGGGAGGUGUCCAUCUUCAACUACAACGCCAAGCCGGCCCAGGACAUCUGGCCAUACCCCUCUCCAAGGCCCACCUUUGGGAUCACCUGGAGGUACCGCCUCCAGACGGUGCGCUCGCUGGCGGGGCUCAGCCUGAUGCUGAGGCUCCUCUGGGCCUGUCUGCGCUGGGACGACAUGGCCGUCAAGCCCUCCUCCGCCGUCGGGACCACCCGCACCGCCCUAUCCCCACUCAUUGCCACAGAAACGUCGGACACGGAGAUCACCACCACAGAGAUCAUCAAGAGAAGAGACGUCGGCCCGUACGGCAUCCGCUCCGAGUACUGCAUCCGCAAGAUCAUCUGCCCCCUGGGGCUGCCCGACACGCCAAAAGAGACCCACACACCCCAGAGGAAAGGCCUGCGCUCCAGUGCCCUGCGGCCCAAGAAGCCGGAGCCUGCCAAACAGACGGGCCCCAUCGUGAUCGAGACCUGGGUGGCAGAGGAAGAGCUCGACCUCUGGGAGAUCAGAGCCUUCUCAGAGAGGGUGGAGAAAGAGAAGGCUCAGGCUGCUGAAAAUGCCAAGAAGCGUCUGGAUCAGAAGCCGGGCUCAGCGUCAGUCUCCACUCCGUCUGGCACCACGUCGGCCAGCGUCAUGGUGGGCUCGUUGGCGGGACAGGUGACCGCUGGCACCAAGGUGGUUCUCACGACCAAGAUGGGCACCCCCGUCACAUUCCAACAGAACAAGAACUUCCAGCAGUCCUUUGCCACGUGGGUCAAACAGGGCCAGACCACGCAAGGGACGGUCAGUACCACCGCUGGACAGACCUUCCAGAUUACAGGGGCCUCGGUAGGAGGGAAGGUUCUGACUGCUAAGCUACCACUGCCCGCCAACAGCAAGAUAGUCAAGGUCAACGUGCCCGCCGCACCAGGAGGUAUGAUGCAGCAGAAGGUGCUGGGCAUCAUCCCAUCCGGCACUGCGGGUGGAGCACAGACCUAUACCACCUUCCAACCCCGCACGGCCACCCUCAACAUUAGACCCAACACCCCGGGAUCCCCUCAGCAGGUCCUGCCAGUGACCCCAACGCCCCUCUCCCUAGGUCAUAGCGGGCAGCAGGUUGUCACCCAGAUCAUCCGUGGCCAGGCUGUCACCACAACAGUAGCCAGCCCCGCCCCCACUGGCCAACGGCUAGCCGGCCCCCUGGGGCUCGGGCAGACCGCCAUCCCGCGACCUCAACAGGGCCAGUUCAAACUGACCCUCACCCAGCUGUCCCAGCUAACCCAGAAGCAGCAGGGGGUGGUGGGGGCAGAGCGUCCAGCGGGGGGUGCGCAUGUCCGCGUGCUGGACCAGCAGGGCCCUGACGGUAAUACCCCAAGGGGGUGACUUGUGAUCCCCGGGCCAGGUCAGCAGCUCAUGCAGGCGGCCCUGCCCAACGGACAAUUCCAGCGCUUCCUAUUCACCCCGGUUGCAUCCGCAGCCACGCCCACAGCUACGGUAGUCUCAGGCCUGCUCCAGACCUCCACCAAGGCCCCAGCCCAGCCCGCUCAGCAGGCGGCCGCCCCCGUGCAGGCGGGGGCAACGCCCCAGGCCGCGCCUGGCACCCCCCCUCUGGUCACGCCACAGGGACAGCUGCCCCCCCAGACCCAGGCCCACAUGCCCAUCCAGUCCCCCACGCCCCUCCAGGUGAAGGCGCAGGCGGGCCGCGCCCCUCUGCAGCCGGCCCCCCAGGUGGUGGGUGUGCCCGGGCUGCAGCCCCAGGUGGGCAACGUGGUGACCAUCCAGACGGCCUCGGUGCAGGAGCAGCUCCAGAGGAUUCAGCAGCUCAGGGAGCAACAGCAGCAGAAGAAGAAGCAGGCGGCCGAGGCCAAGCGGGAGCAGACCCCCCACACCGCCGGACACCUGCUGCAGAAACAGGUGGUGAUGAAGCAAAAUGCCGUCAUCGAACAUUUGAAGCAAAAGAAGACCAUGACACCUGCUGAGAGGGAGGAAAACCAGAGGAUGAUCACGUGCAACCAGGUAAUGAAGUACAUCCUGGACCGCAUCGACCGCGACGAGAAGCAGACUGCCAAGAGGCGCCGGAAGGAGGAGGUGGUGGAGCAGAAGAGGAGGAACGCCAAUGCCAGCAAGCUGUCCUCACUGUUGUACCGCCACAAGGAGAGCCUCAAGACGGAGAUCCUGAAAAAGAGGGCGCUGCUGGACAAGGAGUUGCAGCUGCAGGCCCAGGAGGAGCUGAAGAGGGACCUGCUGCGGAUGCGGCGGGAGAAGGAGAGAGCCCAGGCCGCCGCCCACAACACCCCACACCACCAACACGCCCCCUUCGGCAAGGGACACGCCCCCCCCGCCCAGCACCACCAUCAUCAUCAUCAACAGCAGCACCACCCUGCCUCCGCCUCUCCGCUCAGGGCCAGCCCAGUCCCCGCUGGCCACAAGAGGAAAAGGGAGGGCCCCGCUGGGCUGGGGGCUGCUACGGCCAGCGCCAAGGGAAAGAGGAAGAAGAUGAUCUCCACCACAAGCUCCAAGGAGAACCGCAAGGACAUCAAGCUGUACUGCGUCUGCAAGACGCCCUACGACGAGUCCAAGUUCUACAUCGGCUGCGACCUGUGCACCAACUGGUACCACGGCGAGUGUGUGGGCAUCACGGAGAAGGAGGCCAAGAAGAUGGACGACUACAUCUGCGCCGAGUGCAAGAGAGCGCAGGAGGGGAACACUGAGGAGCUGUACUGCAUCUGCCAGACACCCUACGAUGAGUCCCAGUUCUACAUCGGCUGCGACCGCUGCCAAAACUGGUACCACGGGCGAUGCGUGGGCAUCCUGCAGAGUGAGGCCACCCACAUCGACCAAUACGUGUGUCCGCAGUGCCAGUCCACGGAGGACGCCAUGACCGUGCUCACGCCGCUCACCGACAAGGACAACGAGGGCCUGAGGAGAAUCCUGCGCUCGCUGCAGGCCCAUAAAAUGGCGUGGCCCUUCCUGGAGCCCGUGGACACCAACGACGCCCCGGACUACUACCGGGUCAUCAAGGAACCCAUGGACCUCUCCACCAUGGAGGACCGGCUGCAGCGGCGAGACUACGUCAAGCUGACGGAGUUUGUUGCGGACAUGACCAAAAUCUUUGACAACUGCCGCUACUACAAUCCAAGCGACUCGCCCUUCUACCAGUGUGCCGAGGUCCUGGAGAACUUCUUCGUCCAGAAGCUCAAGGGCUUCAAGGCCAGCAGAUUGUGAUGUCAUUACCUCUCGGGGCCAGGGUCGAUCUAAACAGACCAGUUAGUUUUUCCUGGACAUAGCUGUUUCUAUUGUCUUGGAAAACAGCAUUCAGUUCUCCCAAGAACCAUACAAUGAUGUAUAAAAUACUACACCAGAUGUGUCCUCCUUUUCUAUUUUAAACAAAAAUGGAACCUAAAAAAAAAGACCCUUUCCACUGUCUAUGUGGCAGCCAUGUUGGAGCUCAGAGACAUGGCUUUCUGACUCCGACAUGUGACACAUGGCUGAUAUUUUUUUAGUCGGAUUGUUAAGCUUUGUUAUCUUCUGUACUGAGAUGAAUAUAAAAAUAAGUCACUGAUUAUUGGAAGUUAUUGAAAUGAUACCAGAUAACUUAUAAUUUCAUUGGGCUUAUUUUAUUCCACCUAACAUUUUACCUUUUCCUUAGCUUAGUCUUUUUUUAAUGAAUGCUUGUAGCGUUUAUUAGUUUCAUGUUCAACCAGUUGUUCGUGUGUCUUAUUUUAUUUUAUGUGCAUAUGAUAUAUCCUUUUGUGAAGGACUAUUUUUGUGUUCUAAAGGAAAUAAAUCUCUAGGACUUAUAAAGAUAGAAGAUUGCGUCUAGUUAGCACUAGUCUGAGGCAAGGGGGCAUGGUUCCAUUACUUAACCACAUUUUUUGUAAAUACACCCAGCUCACAUCUCACCAACAUGGCUGCCAUGUCCAUCCUAAACAUGUCAUAGUUCAUUGUUUUUUGUUUUCUACACUGCUCUGCCCCAGUGCAUAUUUUUGUCAUGUUCAAGCUUUUAAUAAAAAAAAAAGUACAAAGAUUGA